UUAAAAAUGACUACACCCCAUUAUUACGACCAAAAUAAAAAUUUAAAUUCCCCAAACCCUUUUGACUCCCAACAACAUUUAUUUGAUGGACAACACCAGCAACAACCCAAUUUUGAUUAUUAUGCCCAACAGCAACCUCAAUAUGACCCUAACUUUAAUUAUUCUUCAAAUAUUCCUUCUGAUACUUCUCAACAACAACAAAGUUUUAAUCAACAAUUUAUGUAUGAUCCGUUUGUGAAUACUGCUAGACAUUUGGGUGGACAAUUUGCUGAACAACAAAAACAAAAGAUAACUCAAUACAUUUCUACUUUCAAUUUAAAAUAUUAUUUUGCUGUUGAUGUAAAUUAUGUUAGACGUAAACUUUUAAUAAUAUUAUUCCCUUUUUUACAUCGUGAUUGGACAAAUAAAUUAUCAACAAAUGACAAGCCAAUGACCCCUAGAGAGGAUAUUAACGCCCCAGAUUUGUAUAUUCCUUCAAUGGCUUUUAUUACCUAUAUUUUGGUUGCUGGAAUUGUUUUUGGAGUUCAACAACGUUUUACGCCAGAAAAGCUUGGAAUGUUGACAACAAAUGCUCUAUUUUAUAUGAUUUUUGAGAAUUUAAUUGUAUUUUUAAUGAAAUAUGCUUUAAAUAUUUCUCAAAGUUUAGAUGUAUGGCAUGCUUUGGCUUAUAGUUCUUAUAAAUUUACAAGCAUGGUUGUGUGUUUAUUACUUUAUUUAAUCGGUGGAAGAAAAGUAUAUUAUUUUGUGUUGGUUUAUUGUAUUUUGGCUACAGUGUUCUUUUUGCUUCGAAGUCUCAAAACAUUUAUUCUUGAUAUGGGUUGGAGUCCAAAUAGUGGUCGUAAAAGAAAAAUAUAUUUGCUACUAGCAAUUACAGCAUUUCAAUCUUUAAUAAUGUGGCUAUUAACAAGUAGUGUAACAAGCUAUAUGCCAGGAAAAUACGAUUUUGCAAAAAUGGCAAUGUCUGGAAUGGGGUUGUCUAAUACAAAUAAAGAAGUUCCUUUAAUGUCAGAUGGUGAAGUUGAUUAUGAGGCUUUGUUAAAAAUGCCUUGA